AUGUCCAGACAUCGUGUCCUUGGAAGAGCAACGUGGGGUCGCCUCAAAUGCGUCGCGGGAGUAUCCCAGGCCGCACAUGCAGAUGUUACCGUGAAAAAUGAAAGAUAUAUGGUAAUCCUAGGCGCGAAGGCCUCACAACCGGAAACCUCCGGCUCGGAGCUCGGAAACAGCAAGGAAACAUUGCUGAAGAGCGUAUAUUUCCAGAGAGAAUCAGUUUCAAAGAUCGUCCUGAACACCACCAUAGCAGGCAAUCCCUCUUCGACAUUUAUAGCACCGCGUACCUCACGUCUAAGCCAAGAUCAAGAAGGGAAACAGCGUCUCCAGAUUAUCGACGAUGGCAGAUGCGGUUCUCGCGGUAGCCAGCAUGCGAAGCAACUUAAAGCUGGCAUGGGACUGUGUUAA